ACUUUUAUUUUCAUUUCCUUUAACUGCAUAGUUCCUCAAAAUUCUCAAACCUUUGCUUCUGUUUCUUUCUUUCUUCAGCGCCUACGUGCAUCUGCUAUAAACACAUACCCCUCGAUCGAUAAACCUUAAAUUUCCUCAAAUAAAAAUUCUUGUUUUCUUGAAAUCCAUCAAGGUUUUUUUUUCUUUUUCUUGUUCUUGAUUAAACAUACAUAAAGAUAGAUGGUGGAAGAAGGCAGUGUAGUUGUGAAUCAAGGAGGAGAUCAGGAGGUGGUGGAUUUGCCUCCAGGGUUUCGGUUUCACCCAACUGAUGAAGAGAUUAUAACUCACUACCUUAAAGAGAAGGUCUUCAACAUCCGAUUCACCGCGGCGGCGAUCGGUCAAGCCGACCUCAACAAGAACGAGCCAUGGGAUCUACCAAAGAUUGCAAAGAUGGGGGAGAAGGAGUUUUACUUUUUCUGCCAGAGGGAUCGGAAGUAU